CAAAACAAGUGCAGAGUUAGUUGUGGAUUACAAAAGGAGCGCACAAUUCACGCUGAUAAAAUUUAAAAGAGGGUAUGACUCACAAUGAGAAGAGAAUCAACUGGAUACAGGAGGGUUUGAUAGGUCUUGGUGUUGGCGUCCUCUAUGGAACUACAAGUGUGGCAGUGGGGCAUCCAUUUGAUACAAUCAAGACAAAGAUGCAAGCACAACGUGGAUUCGAAACAGAAGGAAUGUUCAAAUCAUUUGCAAAGACAGUCAAGACACAGGGAAUCAGAGGGCUCUAUAGAGGAUGUAUUCCACCUCUUUGGGGAUCUGGAAUUUAUAGAUCAAGUCAGUUUGCUGUUUUUGAAGCCCUCUACACAUAUUUCAAUGGAUUUGGAAGAAGAGAAAUCCCCUUUACUGGUGGAUUACAAUUAAGAGUGUUGAUUGCAGGAGCAGCAGCCUCAACAACGAGAGCCAUAAUUGAGACUCCCUUGGAACUGGCAAAGGUGCGGAGACAAACUGGUCAGACAUGGCAGUUCAGAGGACUCUACAGGGGAUUUGGUGUAACAUGGUGUCGUACAAUGGGACUGAUGUGUACUUACUUUAUACUUUUGGAUUCUGGAAGACGACACUUUCCUGAACUUUUUAAAAGACCAAUCCUAGGACCAUUUCUAUCAUCAGGUUUAGCUGCAACUUUUGCUUGGUGGGUUGUGUGGCCAUUGGAGAACAUGAAGUCUCAAGUACAAGGAAACUACGGCAAGGACCUUCCAGUUGUGGCUCGUAUGAGACUGGUGAUAAAAGAAAAGGGUGGAUUCUUCGGGCUGUAUCGUGGUAUCGUGCCUGGCUCCAUAAGGAGUUUUAUGUCCAACGGAACAUCUAUGAUUGCCAUGAGCUGGGCCCAAAGAAAAGUGUCUCAAUGGGGAUUGAGAGGAUAACGGAUAGUUUUAAUAAAUCUGAAAAAAUUGAUGAAUGAUAGAAAAUAUAAAAUAAUUUCGAUGUAAUUUCAAGUUAAGGAGGUGUUUUUAACCAAUGCAGUCAAUUAAGUUGACUCUUUUUUAUCGUUUACUGUUCUAGUUUUUGUGAAGAUUUCCUCUUCCAGGGUGAAAGAAAUUACCCAGUGUAUUUCUCUUGUGUUCUUUAUAUUUCUUAUUUCUUUCUGUUUGGUCUCAGACCAUGAUUGGUUUGCUUAGUAAACUUCAUUGUAAAGCGCAUUGAUAAUCGGUGGUGUGAAGUCAAUUUCCGCCCGUUUAAGGAAUCCUCACUCACUUGAGAUGAAAAUUUUGUUACUUCAAGGGAAGCGUUUAGAAAAAGCACCGGCUUUCGAGUUUACUUUUCAUUUCUUGUUCUUUAUGAUUUUUUGCCGAGUUGUCAACUUUUUAACCUCGUCAUUUUCCAUUUUUUUCCAUUCCGCGAUGCGAUUUCUUUCUUUGUUCAGGAUUCACUUUUAGGUAGCUCAAAAUGCGGUCACUUCUCUCUACUUGUUGUCUUCACGUUUCAAAAUCCACAGGAAUUGCUGUCCGUAGACGGAAAAUAAUCUCAAAUAAGGUGUUAAGAUAUUUUUGUCAUAUUUAAAGACCGUGGACUGUAGGUUUCUAUGUGGCUCUCAUUUUAAAGACGGUAUAAAAACGUUAGGGAAAUUAUUUUUCUGGUGGUGUGUAAAUAUGUAAACUAAAUUAUAUACUUGUGAAUGAUAAGAAGAUCACGAAUAAAAAAAU